UCUGUGGUUUCUCAUUUGGUUUUUAUCCUUCGUAAGGGAUGUGCGUGCUUGUGAUAAAUUGGAAGAAAUAUGAAUAUUAAUUUGGUCAGACUUAUGAGGUUUUAAAGCUGCUUGAUUCGUAGUAUUACAAGAGCUUUAAUUCUUGAAACAUGUCGGAAGUUCAUAAGUGUCCAUUUUGUGAUUCUUCUGAAGAAAAAACUUCUGAACGAAAUCUAGGUAGUUGGGAGGAUACUUCUGAAAUAAUUUGUGGCUAUUUUCCGAAUUUUACAAAUGAUCAUUUCAAAGAUUUAUGCAACUCUUGUUUCGAUUAUAUAAGUGAAUUCUGCAAAUGUCGAAAAUUGUGGAUCGAUAAUGAAAAAAUGAUCCAUGCUAAAAGACUGUUAGGUCAGUUUAAAGGAUUGAAAGACAUUGUGACUUUAAAGAAGAAUAGUUCUGUUGUAUGCCGCUUAUGUUUUAAAGAGAGCCGUUUUGAAGAUGUUAUUUUUGUGUAUCUUGACCACAAAAAAUACCAGCCUGGCUAUAUUCAGAAUAUAAUGUUUCUUCAUGCAAACGAUAUAGACUUCAAAUUAACUGAAAAUCCAGUUAUUUGCCAGGAAUGCUUGGAUGCAGUCCAGACAUUUGAUGCUUUAUAUCAAAUGUGUGUCGAAAACCAAGCUAGCAAAGCCAAACCUGACUUGCAUGUGAAAACUUUAUGCAAUUACCAACAUCAAAAUCUUGACAAUGAAAAAGUUCAUGUUCAAUUGAAGAAAAAUAAGGACAGUAAUACUUUGGUUCUGCAACCCGUAACAGAAGCAGAAAGUGCAGUCAAUUGUCUCAUGAGAACCAAAGAAACACUUGGAAGUAAUGUAGUUAUGAACGGAUGGACAACAAGAAAAGUGUUUAAUCUAGUUACCAAUCCAAAAUUUGAGGAGAAAAAAAAGAGUCCAGAUAUUUUAGAAAUAAGUGAUGAGGAAGAUGUAGCUUGCAGUGCAACCUCCAGAGGUUCCAAAAGGCCAUCUGAUGAUUCGACGUAUGAGGGUAAUCUUGAAUUCAGGAGUAGCUCUAAUGACGCAAAAAAGAUGAAAAUUGGUUCAUCGAAAGAAUCCACAAAAUGUAUGGGUGAAGCUGAAUUGGAACACCCAUCAUCCCAACCAGUUGUCAUUGAAAUAGAUGAUUCUGAUGAAGAAAAUCUGGAUUUUCCAAAAAUUCUCAGUGUGACUUCCCUGAACGAAUCAGUGGGGACACAGCUUCAGUAUGAUAUUCUGGAGGAAGGUGAAAUUCUCCCAUCUAUGCAAGCAGUAAAUAUGUUGUUCAACCAUAAUAAUACACCUUCAGAACUAAAUUCUGUAAUUCAGGAGAGUAGUUCCACAGAUAGUUACUGCUGUGAAAUGACAUCCGAGAAUUUUUCAUCAAAUUCAAAUAAUUCUCAUCAACCUGAGGUCCUAAGUAAAGAUCUAUUAGAAGACGAUCUAUCUGACUUUUUACAGUUCAAUAAAAGUGGUACUGAUUCCUCGAAAAGAUCGAAGGACUUACUGGAUGACGAUGGGUCUAUUGAAAAAGUUGCAGAGCCCCCAAGUGAUUGUACCAACACGGUAUUCCACCAAAAUGACCCAAAAACAUAUUCAUCAGUUUUCGAACAGUUCGUUUUAUUAGAAAAGGUUGCUUCCACUCGAGCGACAGCUUGGAAGUUGUUGAGAGGCUUUUUAUCUGAUGACAUUAAGGAGGAAUACUGUACCUGGUUUCCUUUUGUUCCUAAAAAUAGAAAGAAUUAUCCAUCUACGAAAAGAAAAUCUCACUUGACAACUUUGGAAAACUGCCUAGGACGACGCAUCUACAGAUGCGAUGUAUGUCUUCACGUCAUGAAUGAUGAAUCACAGGCGACAAUACAUCAAUGUAUAAACCUCAGGGGGAGGAAAAGUCGGGUUUGCGCCGAGCCAAAAUGCGGUUUUUACACUUUCAACGAUUAUUUAUUCGCGCAGCAUAAAAAAGCACACACUUUACUCUCGAGGGAAGACAUACAAAGGUACCGCUGCGAUUUUUGCGAUCAGUAUUCAUCCCACAAGGAGUGUUUGGCGAAACAUCAGACGCUGCAUAAAAAGGUGGAAAUCAAAGGAACGGUCACAAAAUGUAAAUUUUGUUUCUUCGAAUCCCCAAAUCCCGAUAUACUGGCACAUCACCAAGCUGUGAGACAUAGUUAUAAGAAAUCUAAAUUCACGGAAAAACAUUUCAGUUGAUGUAUGUAAUCGGCAUGCUAUGUGUGAAAAUAAUAAACAAUAUUGGACGAGUCCAAGCUAGUAUGAAAACGGCUGUGAAACAAUUGAUUGCUCAACAUGGAAUCAGUUGAGAUGUUAUAAUGUACAGAUGUUACAUUUUUUAGAGUCUAAAAUAAAUAUUUCCCGGAAUA